GGAGCGGCGGCGGCGAGAUGGCGGCGGCGUGCGGGGGCAGCCCCUCGCUGGCGGCGGGGGAGGAGGAGCAGGAGCCGCCGCUGGGGCUCGACUCGCUCCUGGAGGAGGCGGCGGCGGCGGCGACUGCGCUGCCCAGCGCCGGGUUCCGGCUAACGGCGGUGCGGCGGGAACCGGCCGUGAAGCUGCAGCACGGAGUCAGCGGGAUGGAGCCGCUGGCCUGGUCGGAAGAUCACCGGGUGUCGGUGAGCACGGCCCGCAGCAUCGCCGUCCUGGAGCAGCUCAGCGACGUCCACAGCGGCGGGCAGGAGAUGGUGAUCCACCGCACGGCCGUGCCCGCGCCCUCCGUCUCCUGUCACCUCAAGGUUGGUCCAAAAAAGGAGGUGGCAGAGUGCAAGGAGAAGUUUGCCAACUCGGUGGACCCGACGGUCAGCCAAGCUUUCAUGCUGGACAGAGUGUUCAACCCCGAGGGCAAGUCGCUGCCCCCACUGCGAGGGUUCAAAUACUCCAGCUGGUCGCCGCUGGGCUGCGACGCCAACGGAAGGUGCCUGCUGGCAGCUUUAACCAUGGACAACCGCUUGACCAUCCACGCCAACCUCAACAGGCUGCAGUGGGUGCAGCUGGCAGACCUGACGGAGAUCUACGGGGAGCGUUUGUACGAAGCCAAUUACAGACUUCCCAAGGCUGACACUGCCAGGGGGGAGCUGGGAGACUUCGCAGAGUUCCAGCGCCGGCACAGCAUGCAGACUCCGGUGCGCAUGGAGUGGUCUGCCAUCUGCACCACCCAGCAGGUCAAGCACAACAACGAGUGCCGGGACGUGGGCAGCGUGCUGCUGGCGGUGCUCUUUGAGAACGGCAACAUCGCCGUGUGGCAGUUCCAGCUGCCCUUUCUGGGGAAGGAAUCCAUCACUUCUUGCAAUACCAUAGAGUCUGGAAUAAGCUCUCCCAGCGUCUUGUCUUGGUGGGAGUACGAACACCACAACCGCAAGAUGAGCGGACUUAUCGUGGGCAGUGCUUUUGGACCUGUUAAGAUCCUGCCUGUCAAUCUCAAAGCCGUCAAAGGCUACUUCACCCUGAGGCAGCCUGUGGUCCUGUGGCAAGAGAUGGACCAGUUACCGGUGCACAGCAUCAGAUGCAUUCCUCUUUACCACCCCUACCAGAAAUGUAGCUGCAGCUUGGUGGUGGCUGCACGAGGAGCUUACGUGUUUUGGUGUCUCCUGCUGAUCUCCAAAGCGGGUCUGAACAUCCACAACUCCCACGUGACAGGGCUCCACACCCUGCCCAUCGUGUCCAUGACUGCAGACAAGCAGAACGGCACGGUCUACACCUGCUCCAGCGACGGCAAGGUGAGGCAGCUGAUCCCCAUCUUCACAGAGCUGGCUCUCAAGUUCGAGCACCAGCUGGUUAGGCUCUCGGAAGUGUUUGGCUCCGUCAGGACUCACGGCAUCGCUGUCAGCCCCUGCGGCGCCUACCUGGCGGUCGUCACCACGGAGGGCAUGACCAACGGCCUGCACCCCGUUAACAAGAACUACCAAGUGCAGUUUGUGACCCUUAAGACUUUCGAGGAGGCAGCUGCGCAGCUCCUGGAGUCUUCCGUGCAGAACCUCUUCCGGCAGGUGGACCUGACGGACCUCGUCCGCUGGAAAAUCCUGAAGGACAAACACAUUCCGCAGUUCCUGCAGGAAGCCCUGGAUAAGAAGAUCGAGAGCUGUGGCUCUACCUACUUCUGGCGCUUCAAGCUCUUCCUCCUGAGGAUUUUGUACCAGUCCAUGCGGAAGGCUCCCUCGGAGGCCCUGUGUAAACCCUCGCACGAGGAUGCCAAAGUCCUGAUCUCGGAUUCCCCCGGGAUGGGCAGCACCGAGGACGACCAAGAGGAGGGAACCUCGAAGCGGGCCAGCAGGCAGGGCCUGUGCAACGCAGGCAAAGGCGCGGACGCAGAGGACGCUGCGGACGAGGCUCUGCCUCAGGCGAGCGAGGCGGGAGGCCGCGAGCCGAUGGAGGAGAAGCUUCUGGAGAUCCAGGGGCACAUCGAGGCGGUGGAGAUGCACCUGACCCGGGAGCACAUGAAGCGGGUGCUGGGCGAGGUGUACCUGCACACGUGGAUCACGGAGAACACCAGCAUCCCCACCAGGGGCCUCUGCGACUUCCUCAUGGCCGACGACGCCUGCGAGGACAGAACGGCACGAGUGCUGAUUGGACACAUCCUGAAGAAAAUGAACAAGCAGACUUUCCCUGAGCACUGCAGCUUGUGCAAGGAGAUCCUGCCCUUCACCGACCGCAAGCAGGCUGUCUGCUCCAACGGGCACAUCUGGCUCAGGUGCUUCCUGACUUACCAGUCCUGCCAGAGCCUGGUCUACAGGAGGUGUUUGCUUCGCGACAGCAUCGCACGGCGUCCCACCCCAGAAGAUCCUGAAUGGAUCAAGAGGUUAUUGCAAGGACCUUGCACCUUCUGUGAUUCUCCUGUGUUCUAGAGGAAAGCUGCCUAAAGACUGAAAGCAUUUUCUCUACUGCAGAAGUUCCCUUCAGUCUGGAAGGACGUUACUGGAAGGGGAAGACAUUGUCCACAGCCCUGUAAAUAGAACAUCAGAGGUUCUAGAAGCUCCCAUUCCAUGCUUCAGAAGCAGCAGGAAGAGGGGAGUUGAGAAAGCAGUUUGGAACCACCCCAUUGAGACGACAGCAGCUGGACAUGCUUCCUCCUACCGCGAGGCAAGGGAAGCCUUGAAGACACAGUGUGACCUGUCCUUUCUGCCCAGCAGCUCUGUGAGUUCCUCACAGCUAGGAGAGGCACAGCAGAGCUGCCUGCUGAAUGCUCUGGCUGGGUAGAGAAGGCUUCAGCUUGUGGUGCUCUGGUUUAACAAGAGCUGCCACUUGCUGCAGGUCAUCAGACUGCCAAUUUGUGGCUUGAAUUUCUUGCAGAGUGAAGCUUUUGCCAAUUUUCAGCCCUACAAAAAACUGAGGUUGGCUCUUGGGUUAGUGUCACCUGAAGGCUAGAAGUCUGCCUCUUGGCUGUCCCACCAGCAUGGCAGUCAGAAGGGUAACAGUGGCUGCCUGGGGUGAAAAUGGAUCAGUAAGAGUCACUUGGAAAUGUAAUAAUGAUGAGACCAGUAGCAAUGAGGUGAAACACUAAUAUUUAUCUCAUCCCCAAUGCUCCCAAGCCUUUUACCCCACUUUCUGCUUCUAAACCAAGUUCUAACCACUUCCUAGACUUGCCAAUGCAAGAGUUUCAAAGCCCUUGACCAACAGAAAUCUCCAAACCCACCACCAAUUUACCUAAUUUUCAAUUAAUUGGGAGGCUUCCUCAUUUGGGGGAGGUUAAUAACAACUUUGACACCCAGUGACAGUUUCUCUCCUCAUAAUGCAGUGAAGAAAAGAAAGAAAUGAACCAAAACUCCCAAACUCCACUCUGGUUAACCUGGGACAAGUAAAGCAUCCACAGGAGGUCAUGGUCAGUCACUGUGACCUUCUCAUUGAGAGAUUCAGAAACACACCAAGGGUAAAAGCUUCCAGAGGAGGGUGGUGAAGCUGUUCUGGCACCUUGCCCUUCUCAUCAAGGGAUAAACACAUCAGUGAUGUAGCAUCUUUGCCAGUGAACUCACCAAAACCAGCCCCAGCUUAUCUGACCUUCAGUGAUUUCAGAGGAUCCCUCAGUCAGUAACUGAAUUUAAGAACAGCUUUUGACUCCCAGUGACAGUUCCUUGUAAUGAUGCAGUGAAAAACAACCACCCCAAAGUCCACUGUGGUUAACAGGUGACAGAGGAAGCUUCCACAGGAGCUGAUGGAGGGUGGUGAAGCUCUUCUGUCACCUUGCCCUUCUCACCAAGAGAUUCACAAACACACCAAGGGUAAAGCUUCCACAGGAGCUGAUGGAGGGUAGAGAAGCUCUUUUGUCACCUUAACCUCAUCAAGAGGUUGCUAAACACACCAGGGAUGUAGCAUGGCUGAGCCCAGAGGUUUGUUCUGCCUCUUCUCUGUCCUGUCCUCUGUCCCACCACUUUGUUGUUUGUUUUAUUUUUCUUUGGCAUCUUGUUCCUGUGGGGAGCAGGAGAAACCUUUUGACCUUCCUAUGCAGUGUUAGAGGGAUAAUAACUCCAAAAUGUGUGGGGCUUUUGGUACAGUUUGUCUUGUUAACUUAACCCCCACCUUGUCAAACCACCCAGAGUGCACCAAUCUGCACACACAAAGUGUUGCCUUGUUUGUGAUCCAGGACACUUCCAACUGUGGCUGAAAUGCUCUGUAGCUAUUUGAGAGGUCGAGGAGUUGCCCUGACGAGCAUCAGGGCAUGUGUAGGUUGCUGCUUAAGCUCCUUGGAUUCAGAAUAUGUUUGAUGUUUUCCUUCUUAACAUUCCUCCACCUUGAGCAGAAGAAGAUUGGUUUUCAGCCACCAUGAAACCAGCUCAGCUGGCCUUGCUGUUGGCUGUUCCAUGCAUUAAGCAGGGUAGAGCUUAGACUGAGAGUAAUGUUCCUAGAGCAGCAGGAGCACCUUCACCUGUAAAAUAAAACCUGAGCCUUGUCUGUAAAUAUCCUUGGAAGUGACACCAUCACUGUAUUAAAGAAAUGUUUAGUUUUUUAUUGCUGUGCAUUGCAAGUGGAAAUUCCUUCAGUGUGUCUGCAGGAGAGAGAAGAAUGUAGCUUGUGCCAGCUCCUAGUAAAGCAAAGAGUAACCUCCA